AUGGCCACUCACGAGUCGGACGUCUUGUCCAUCCUGGAUCAAUAUCCAAAGGUCAGCCAGCAGCAGCGGCAGGAAAUGCAAGGCGUACACUGCACUGACAAAAUACAUUGCCUUCCAAUUUCCUCCCGCGCUCCUUAGAUCCGACAAUUUGAUGCGUUUCCCAAGGUGAGACGUUGACCGCCUCGAGAAUAGCUGCCGCUCGUCAGGAGCUCUUUCCUAACAAACAUACAUGCUCUCAAUCCUGUCCUCACCUUGGAACAGACAGCGCCAGUGCACCGGUUACGAUCAUCCAGAGGUGGAAGCGUGACGCUUGGUGUCGCACUGAUCCUGCUCAUGCUGGUGUGGGGGGAGCUGAAGUCUUACAUCUAUGGUCAACCUCACUAUGCUUUUGAUGUGGAGCAUCACAUUGGCGGAGAGAUGCAGAUCAACGUAGACAUGACUGUUGCCAUGAAGUGUCAUUGUGAGUACAACAGUAUCGAGAGAUUACCAGGAAGGAGAAAGGGAAGCUCGGCUGGCUGUGUGCUCUGCUUUCUACUGCAUCAACCCCGGCUAAUACAUCGGCCUAUCAUGCUUUCAUUUGCAUCAUCCUGCUACCACCAGAUUUGACUGUGGAUGUUAGGGACGCAGUGGGGGAUCGGCUGCACAUUUCAGACUCGGAGUUUAAAAAAGACGGCACCACUUUCGAGAUCGGCCACACCGGAAAGAUGAGGUGAGAGCCGUGCUGCCUGGAAGUCAGCACCGUCGACGAUGCCCUAGACAGCGCUGCUCACCGUCGCAAAAUGACUCUACUCGUUUCACCGACAGUUCUUUACCCACUGAGGAGCUGUCGUUAGGCCGAACGAUCUCAAAGGGCGCGAAGCCUCGCUACAGCAGGCAACACACUUUCAAGCCUACCGCACAUGUGGUACCCGACGGACCCGCUUGCAGAAUUUACGGCAGCGUCGAGGUGAAGAAGGUCACUGGAAACCUGCACAUUACGACGCUCGGACAUGGAUACUGGAGCUGGGAACAUACUGAUCACGAGCGUGAGUGCGUUGUUAGAAUUUCGUGGUGGCAGUGCUCAUUCUCACCCUACCGUUCUUAUGUCUAGUCAUGAACCUCACUCACGUGGUCCACGAAUUCAGCUUCGGGCCAUACUUUCCCGCCAUUGCGCAACCGCUGGACGGGAGCGUCGAGGUGACCAAGCAGCGUGAGUGGUCUCCUUGAUGGGGGGACUUCGCCUGAUUCUGAUCCUGACAGGCACCGACUUUUGACAACCCGCCUUCACAGACUUUACCGUUUUCCAGUACUUUAUUCAGAUCGUGCCGACCCGCUACAUUGAUCGAUGGGGCCGAAGCCUCUCGACGAAUCAGUACAGCGUGACUGAGCAGACAAGGCAACUGGACCAUGGACAGGGCGUACCAGGUCUCUUUUUCAAGUUCGACGUCGAGCCGCUCACCAUGAUCAUACACGAGCGGGCGACGAGCCUGAUCACAUUCCUGGUCCGUCUAGCAGGUAUACUCGGAGGCGUCUGGGUGUGCGCAGGAUUCGGACUACGACUGGGCGAGAGGGUGGUCAAAGUCUCGUAUGAGGCGUUGGGGGGAAAGAAGGACGAGGAUCCAUCGGACUACGCUAGAGCGUACGCCAGCUCCUACAGCACCAACCCGUCUGCAGGACACUAUGGCGCUCUAAACUCCACGCAUUCAUCGGGAACCCACCAUCGUCCUAAUGCGGGCCCGACGCCCUAUGGUGGUGGGCAAAGAAGCGCUAGCGGGGGCUGGAUCGGAGAUGCGGUGGACGGCGCGAAGGGCGCUUGGCAAGGCAUGAAUCUGUCGAUACCAGGUUCGGGUCACAAGCAUACAGAAAGCGUCCAGCAGCGCAUUUACUCGGGUGGGUAGACAAGGUGGUCGUAAGAUCGCGCUCUAAAGUUGGCCGAGGGUGAAUGAGGCUGCGCUAGCUGACCGCUUGCUCUCGCUUUCGUCGGUGCUCUUUCGCAGAGGAAGGGCGUGCCCCUUGGUAG